AUGAGAAAUAAUCUCCUAAUCUUCUCUUGUAAAACAGUAAUUCCGGAGGUCGACAAGCACUGUCUUGGGGACCUUGUCCUGACUGAUCCUAGAGAUGAUAAGCUUCGCAUUGAGCAGAGCAAAGGCGGUCUCCUGCGGGAAUCGUUUUCCUGGGUUCUAACUCAUCCAACAUAUCAACAGUGGCAAAAGAAUGAAGAAAGCACGCUACUCUGGAUAAGGGGUGAUGCCGGUAAAGGGAAGACUAUGCUUAUGCUUGGCACUAUUGAUGAGUUGGCCAAGGAAAACCCCGUUUCCCAAAGGGCAGACGGUUUACCAUUGCUCUCGUACUUUUUCUGUCAAGGAAGCGAUUCGAGGCUUAACAAUGCCACUGCUGUUCUGCGUGGCUUGCUUUAUCUGCUAGCGGUUCAACAGCCAUCAUUGCUACGCCACCUGCGAUCUAAGUACGAAUCCAUGGGCAGGCGACUUUUCGAAGGCCCUGAUGCCGUUUACAGCCUGAUGGAGGUACUUCUUACCAUUUUCCGCGAGUCAGGUAUACCAGAAGCUUUACUAGUCAUUGAUGCAGUGGACGAGUGUGAGAACAAUUUGCCGCAACUCCUUGAUUUCAUUACCCAGUUGAUGAAGCUCGGUCGCAAAGUCAAGUGGAUAAUUUCCAGUCGCAAUCGGGAUGACAUUGAGAGGCACUUAGGGAAGCAGGAAAUGCUGAAGAGCCUGCGACUGGAACUCAAUCCAAGUCAAAUUUCACACGCCAUCGAAAACUUUAUAGACACCAGAGUCUCGGAAAUGACAGCUCUCCGGAAUCAUACAGAGAUACGAGGCAAGGUAAAAGAGAGAUUGCGACUCAAAUCGGAUGGGACAUUCUUGUGGGCUGCCUUGGUGAUCACCGAGCUUCGACAAGACGUCUUUGCAGCGGAUAUGCUGGAGUCCAUUGAUGAAACACCUGUCGGUCUCAUCCCAUUGUUCGAUCAAAUGAUGAGGAGAAUCCACCAGCUACAUCCCAAGAAUGCCCGCCGGUGUGUCCAGCUCUUAGCAGCAGCUACAUCAGUUUACCGACCCCUGCAUUUGCUCGAAAUGCGAAUCACAUCAGGGCUCCCGCAGGAGAUUAUGGACCUUGUCGAUCUCGACAGAAUGGUCUGUAUGUGUGGCUCCUUUUUGACAGUUCGAGAUAAUUACGUGUAUUUUAUCCACCAGUCCGCCAAAGACUAUCUGUCUGCGAAUUUAUCGAAUGCUCCGUUUGACAUGGCUAUCGAGGAAAUCCAUUACCAGAUAUAUUCUCGCUCACUACGAGCUAUGUCAGACACAUUGCGUCAGGAUAUAUGCCAGCUUAAGGACCCUGGACCCAUCGCGACGAAGAGCCGACUCAAAUCAACUGCGUUAAUAUCUAUUGAAUAUGCAUGCCUUCAUUGGUUCGACCAUUUGUGCCAGCACGACAGCAACAUGGAGAACAGUGUGUUUGAAGAUGGUGGAGAAGUGCACACUUACUUUGCGGAGCAUCUUCUUCACUGGUUGGAGAGCUUGGGCCAUCUGCGAGAGAUCUCAACCGGUAUCUUCAUCAUCAAAUCGAUUCUGAAACAAGUGCAGUCCAAAUCGAAUUCAGAAUUUGCAAAGCUGCUCCAAGACUCUUUGCGCCUAGUACUUGCUUAUGGCUCAACGAUCGAGCUUGCCCCCUUGCAAGUGUACUGUGGAGCCCUCAUAUUCUGCCCGGAGAAUACUGAAAUCAAACGUCUAUUCUGGAAAAGCAGGCUACCUGUUGUGAAAAGCAUUAAGGGCGUUCCGGCUGACUGGACCCUCUCAAGGCAGGUGCUUGAAUGCCAUGGAACUUCAAAAAUUCUCGAUACGUGCUUUUCUCCAGACGACGAAAUGAUAGUAACGGCUGGAGAAGAUUCCACUAUCAAAAUAUGGGACGCCAGCACCGGCAUGCUUAAACAGGCUCUUGAAGGUCAUGGCGGGCCCGUAAACACUGUGUGCUUCCUCCAGGACAGCUGCUCAUUGGUAUCAGGGUCUGAGGACGGGCGGGUCUUACUGUGGAACACCGUCAGCGCGACAUAUGAAGAAAUAUUCAAAAGUUCCGAGGGUAUGGUUUCCGCUACCGCCUUUUCAUCUACUACGGGCACUCUAGUAGUUGGAUUGAGUAGCGGGACCGUAUUACUUCGCGCCCCAUCUACUAGCACCUGGAAGCAAAUAUUUGAGGGAACAACGAAUUUUGCAGAAGCAUCAAAGGUCUCCCCAGAUAAUGUCAAUAUUGCCCUUGGGUUCGCAAACGGCUGCGUGAGACUUUGGAAUGGGAAUUCCAAAACUUGGAAGCUUUUACAGGCAGAUGAACCGAUGCUCAAAGGACACCGAGGUGAAGUUAAUCCGAUGGCCCUUUCGCCAAACGGUCGCAUUCUUGCAGCAGGAUCCCAAGUUUGUUACUUCUAUAAUUCGGCAACAAAUAAUCGGAUAAUGUUUUUGGAUCGUCGAGGGUAUAUUAACAAGUUCGUAUGGUCCCCAGAUAGCGAAAAGGUCUGUCUCGUUCCAAGAGAUGACGAUAUAUUCGACUUUUCGCUUUGGGAUGUGAGCACUGGAGCCUUGGUGAAGACUUUUCAUGGAACCGAACGCAGGCACCCAUUGAAGCUGAUAUAUUCCACAAGGGGCGACUCCCUGGUCUUGACCUUUUCAAACAACACUAUGGAGAUUUGGGAUUCAGCUUCCCUGGUUCGUAAAAGGAUCCUAAGAGGGCAUAAGGACAUCAUCACGGACGUUACUUUCGCCCCUGAUGACCAGAUGAUGGCAUCAAUUUCCGAAGAACCUGCACUUCGUCUAUGGGAUGCCGGGUCUGGAGCUUGCAAAUAUGUCAUUAAAAGUGACAAGAGGAUCAAGAGAUUUAAAUGGGCACCUGAUCUGAAAACCAUGGCUUUCACUCUAGAAGAUGGAAAGGUGCACCUCUGGGACGUGGUCUCGCGGACCCUGAAGCAUAUCAUUGACGGCAACGCUGAUAGAGCAGGACGAGUCUGGUUCUCAUCAAAUGGAAAAUUACUAGCGGUCAUUAACAAAAGCCACAGCCUCUCUUGUUGGAAUAUUGAAUCUGGGUCGUGCGAAAGCAUCUAUGAAGGAGAGCCCUGUGACAAGACCUGGUUCUCAGCUGCCAAUGGGAAGCAUCCGAGAUUCGGCGACAAACUGAUCGAACUUUCUUCAGAUACUAUCGGUUUGAAACCACUGACUGGAAUCCACAAAAUGUCAUUCCGUCAUGAUUGGAUAUUUUGCGGAAGCCAGAAGGUCAUCUGGCUUCCACCCGAGUACCGGAUCGCAAGUUUUGAGGCUUACAAUUCAACGCUUGCAUUGGGUCAUUCUUCUCCGCGCGUGACAUUUCUUGAGCUCGAUCUGGAGAGCAGCAUGUUAGGUAUACCAGAGUGA